CCUUCCUGGUCAGGUUCGUGCCUGGGAGGCUGGGUCAGGUCCUUAAAUCUUGAGUCUUUUUAAAAAGGUCAAUGUGUCCCUAGGAUGUUGCUUUGUGGGCGGGAGACUGGACCUCUGCCGCGUGGGUGUGACUGACCUCCGGCCUUACCUGGGACUGGUGGGUAGCAUCAGAAUUCUGAAAGUCAUGUGGGCCUGCAGGGCACGAUCCUAAAGGAUUUAACAAGGAAAGUCCAGUGUUACUAUUUAUACCUGCCUUGUUGAAGAGAAGACUUAAGGCGGCUUCAGAGACUGCCAGAACCUAAAGGGGCUUUACAAGAAAAAAAUCCUGACUUUAUAGCCUUGGAUCUGUUGAAGGCGAUUUCAACAAAGGCCAUGGGCGAUCAGGACCUACCUGGAGUUUUGGUGUCUGGGUUUAAAGGACCGCAUGGUAUAUGUGAAGAUCACGUGAGAGAUCUGCAGAAACACUUUCACCUCAUCACCAUGGAAGAAUUUUUGGAGAAUAAAACACAACUAGCUCCGAAGAUCCGCGCUGUGUUCGUCUGGGGCGGGAGGCCAGCUGUUGACCGGGAGCUCCUGCGUAGCCUGCCCUCCCUGAGGAUCGUUGCCAGCGCGGGGGCCGGGCUGGACCACUUGGACCUGGCGCUCAUUGCCAGCUCUGGCGUGAAGGUGGCCAGCACACCACAUGCUGUUUCCAGCCCCACGGCAGACCUGGGGAUGGCCUUGCUGCUGGCUGCAGCCCGGAGAGUAGUGGAAGGUCAUCAGUUGGCUGUUUCACCAGAUACGGAGAAAUUUUCUAUAAACUGGAUGGGUCAGGGAGUGACCGGGGCCACUCUGGGAAUUAUCGGCAUGGGCAGCAUCGGCUAUAAGAUUGCCCAGAGGGCCAGAGCGUUUGAAAUGAAGAUUUUGUACCACAAUAGGAAACGGAGGAAAUUGGAGGAGGAGGGAGCUGUUGGGGCCACUUACUGUGCGAGGCUGGAUGACCUGCUUCAGUGGUCAGACUUUGUGAUGCUGGCUGUGAGCCUGACACCCCAGACCCAGGGGCUGGUUGGGAGGCGGGAGCUGAGUCUGAUGAAGCCCAGCGCCACUCUCAUCAACAUCGGCAGAGGUCCGUUAGUGGAUCAGGACGCCCUGGUGGAAGCCCUUCAGACCGGGGUCAUUAAAGCGGCAGCGCUGGAUGUGACGUCCCCCGAACCCCUACCCAGAGAUCACCCUUUGCUCAAGUUGAAGAACGUCACUCUGACACCUCACAUUGGAAGUGCAACUCAUCAAGCCAGACGACAGAUGAUGGAGAGUCUGGUUGAAAGCAUCCUGGCUUCUCUCAAUGGCCUUCCUAUUCCUAAUGAAGUGCUACUUGAAUGAUUUUUGUGGGCUGAGAAGUCAGUGGGCUGAAAACAUGGCAGAAUAAAUGGGAAAAGAACAUGUACUUUAUAUAUAUUAGAGUCCCUUAUAUAGAUUGGAUUAAUACUAUUUCGAUGAAAACCUUGAGGAAUAGUAAUAAUUGUUACCACUUGUUGAGAGAUUGCUAAAUGCUUUCCUUCUUUUCAUCCUCAAGGCAGCUGUAUGAAGGAAGUUCUAUUGUUAUUCACGAUGAAACUGAGCACAGAGAAUUACUUCUGUAGAGCCCAAAAGUCUGCAAAUACUUGAUUCUGGAUUAAAACCCUGUGGAUUUUCCAGU